CAACAGUUUAGAUUAGAAUACUAUAAAAUGGACCCUAUGUAAGAUCUUUUUCUCAGUAUGCACAGAGCUAUAGUCAAGUUAUGUUGCGAUUUGGAAUUUUAUUUUCCCUGCUAAUUCUAAAUACUUCAGCCAUCGAAAAUGGAACUGAAGUUUGUACCUCUUUGACAACAUGUGAUGAUGUUCUGGCAACGAAAUCUGAAGUCGCUGCUGUGCGUGAGGAGCAAGCACGACAGGCGGCAAUUUUGGAGGGCUUGGACAAAAAGUUACAAGCCUUUGUGACCAAUACAUAUCCUGCCAACUGCGCCGAGUCACGUAACAGCAGCAAACUGUUGGUUCGUGUGCCCUCGUACAGUACGUACCCCUUUGAGGUGACCUGCGAUCAGGAAAGUCACGGUGGAGGUUGGACAACAGUUCUUCGACGAAACGACGGAAGUCAGGACUUCUUCCUCGAAUGGAAGGACUACCAAAAAGGGUUUGGCCAGCUGGACAAUGAGUUCUUCAUUGGUUUAGACAAGCUGCAUGCGAUGACUUCAUCGGAGCCCCAUGAACUUCUUGUCCUCCUGGAGAAUUUUUACGGAAAUCAGUCCUACGAGUUGUACGAUAACUUUAGAGUUGGACCCGAGAGUAACAACUACACUCUGGAAUCGGUGGGAUCAUUUUCUGGGGACGCCGGCGAUUCACUCGAAUAUCACCUCGGCAGGCAGUUUACCACUAAGGAGCGCGGUGACUGUGCAAAGGGUUUUCAAGGCGCUUGGUGGUACUACAAUUGUCUUCACAGCGACUUGUGUGGUAUGUAUGGCGAAAUGCAGGGUGUGUACGGCAUAAUUUGGUCGUCAUUUAGAACCGGUGAAUUCAUGGAUAUGAUGAAGCGUGCCGUAAUGCUGAUCAGACCGGCAACUUUUUCUACGGCUGCUUGA